UAAGGUUCUCGAGGUUCCAGGCGAACCGGGUCGAAAGUUCGAUCAGAACCCGGGGCGGGUUUCAGAUGAGAAGACUUUAUUCUGGAAUUCGGCUCCAGAGUUAAACACAUUGAGUGAAUCUGAACUGAGAUUUAGAGCAAACAGCAGAAGUUUAGCUGGACGGGUUCGUGUCUUCAGGUCAAAAUACAAACAAUGAAAUUCAUUGAACACACUGUAAAAGCAGCAGUUUAUAUGUGGAGUUCUGCUCUAAUAUAUUUCAUUUUUAUAUCUGAUUAUUCCGUUAAAUGAAGUUUAAUUUAAUAAUUAUUUCUGGAGGUCACAGAAACUUUAGUGAACUAGAAAACAGUUCAGAGGUCAAACAUUUUUACAAUCAGCAUUUUAUUUUGAAAGGCGGCAGGAUGUCCACCAGCCGUCCUCCACCUGAAGCCUCGUCCCACUCAGCUGACCUGGGCGCUCAGUACAUCACCGCCACGCCGGCCUAUGCUCAGUCCCACCACAGUUUCUACACAGAGCUGCUGUCUGCAGGCGUCCUGCAGCCUCUGGACUGUCCCAUCGAGGGCCUGCGGCAGAGAGACGGCAGCACGGACUACGUGACGCCGCGCGGCACGGGCAGCCUGGUCAAGCACUUCCUUUCCCAGUCAGGUAGCCACGCCCCCUUUCCUCCAGCCACAUCUCUUUUAGUCUGGAUUGAGUUCCAUCUGCUGGUUUCUCUCUCAUCAGGAGCCGACGUCUUCCUGGAGCAUCAUGUGACUGCUCUGUAUCGCCGCGGUGCAUCAUGGGAGGUGGAGAGAAAAUCAGGAGGCAGUGAAACAUUCGACGCCGUCGUCCUGACGAUGCCUGUGCCGCAGAUCCUGCAGCUGCAGGGAGACCUGGGAAACUUGCUCUCCGUCCAGCAGAAACAGCAGCUGGACGCCGUCAGGUUCUCGUCCCGGUUCGCGCUGGCGCUCUUCUUCCCGCCGGGCGCCGUCUUCAGCUUCAGCUGGGCCGCCAAGUACGUCUCCGACAGCUCCUGCAUCCGCUACAUCGCCGUGGACGACAGGAAACGCGGCGCAGACACCUCGGCUUGUGGCCCCGCCCUUGUCGUCCACACCAGCGUGCCGUUCGGCGAGGAGCACCUGGAGCAAGACAAAGAGGACGUCCAGCCAAUCAUCUUGCAGGAGCUCCACAGGCUCCUCCCCGAUUUACCUCAGCCAGUCAGCAUCAAGUGUCAGAAGUGGCGGUACUCCCAGGUGCUGACCUCGGUGCCCGACUGUCCGGGUCACAUGACCGUCUUGGAGCAGCCGCCGCUCGUCUGCGGGGGCGACGCCUUCUGCCACUCCAACUUUGACGGCUGCGUGGAGUCCGCACUGAGCGUGCUCGGAGCGCUGAAGGCGUCGCUGGCUAACCAGCCUGGCAGCUGAGCCACGCCCCCUUCUGUCAGCAGCCAAUCGGUGUUGUCUAAAUAAACUUUACCUUUUCUGUCUAA